AUGAUGCUACUCUCCUUUGUGGAUGAUGGGACCAUUUUGGCCCAGUCCAAACAACUCAAUGAUAAUAAUGUGGGCCUGCAUAAGGCCUACAAAAUUAUCUACCUCCUCUUUGUUGCCUUCGCACUUGUUCUUGAACACAACAAGACCGAGCUGUUCCACUUUUGCGUCGGCGAGACGCCUAUAAUCCCUCGCUGGAUUUGGGGUACACCCCACAUACAGACCUAUUGGAGGUACUUGGGCUUCUACUUUGACCACAGGCUCCCUGAUGCGGAACUCAAUGCCAUUUCGUGUGCAGUUCACCUUGCUGUCAAGCAGGCAAACUGUCAGCAUAUCAUGGUCUUUACUGACUCUAUGGGCUCGGCCCAUAAAGCAGUGGACCCUUCCGUGCACUCUGGUCAGGCUUUCAGUCUAUCAUGGGAUAUCCAUGGUGAGGCACACAAGUAUGUCACUGAACUCAAAGUCAGGGUUGGAUGUCGCAAGACGGACAAUUCAAUAGACGCGCUCCGCUCUCAAGCUGCACACUCAGUCCUGGAUUCGUGGAGUUCCACUUUCCAGGAUCCAACCUACCAAGGCUCUGAGUUCCUAGAGCUUCAUCAGCCUGACGGGCAGCUGCUUCAGCCAUCGUACCUCAAUGGGGGACCUUGGCUUUCAACCUUCGGACACAGUAUUACUGAGUUUGCUCGUGUCUGCUGGUGUAUAACUGGCCACGCGCCCAUUGGAGCGUACUACUGUCACUUCAAGAUCAAUGAGCCUCACGGCUGCACUUGCAAGGCUGCUUUGCAGUCCCGUCAGCACAUCCUCUUUCGCUGUCGUGAUCGAUACUCUGUACACUGUCCCCGUUUUCUCGGGGAUAUUGCAUCGUUUAUGAAGUACAACCCUAAAGUGUUUGGCUUCAGCUGGGACCCUUUGGGGGUCGGAUAA